AUGGCCAACCGAAUGUCCAUGUUUUCGGUCGCCUCUGAGGGCCAUGGCAAUAAUCGCGGUCCUCAGACGGCUCAGGUGUCCACCACCACCCUCCUCAAUACCAUACACAACAUUUAUCUCUCCAGUCAACCUCACCAAUUGGAUUCGAGUACCAGUCUCGUAGUUAACACUUGGCUUACCGCUUCUCAAGGCGGUCCUACCGUCGAUGCUGCCCUCGCCACCAGAGCCUGGGAGCACGCUCGCCGCCGUGCCGAGGAUGCCUUGAUCGUGCUUGGAUCUCUGCACUCUUCUACUCCGUCUGUCCUCGUUCCAUUCAUUUCUUCGAUGCCAUUUACGAUUCCGAGUUCCGUCUUCAAAGCCCUCGACUCUGUUCAGCCAUUCCUGCACUGUGUCACGCCGUACAACCCAUCGUUUCCUCGCCAUGUUGCUCUGAGCACCUCCUUCACCCUGAACCUUGCUGGAAACCUCACGGCUGCUACCCUAGCCCUCUCGCAGGGUGGAAUUGAUACCGAAAAUGGUCUUUUCAGCAUCCCUGCCGACGCCGGAUACCGCGCCUUUGAUGUCUUCUACUACUUGCUCACGUCUGCGUCUACCCCCGCCGAGCGCGAAUUUCUCGGUCUCCGGGCUCCUUCAACCUAUGCCCUUCUUGCUCGUUCGUCAACCUAUACCCCGCCGGCAUACUUGCCCACUGCCGACGAUUCUGCCUCUGCCGACGACUUUCGCCAAGCCCUCAAGGACAUUGGUAUCAAGGGAUCUGCUCACCGAAAUUUCAUCUCUACCCUAGCUGGUCUUCUGAAGCUUGGUAACACUCUCGACUAUGAGCUCGAAUCCGACUUCCUCGAGGAGCUCUGCGAAGAAGCUAGCGGUCUGCUUGGUCUCGAGCCCGCCGUCCUUACGACCAAGUGCAGUACCGAAGACCGACGCAUCCUCGUCAGUGGCCUCUACGAGUCGCUCGUUGACUGGGUCAUUUCCAAGGCCAACGCUGCCAUUGCAGCGCAAAUGACCCGAAUUCGUGAUGGUGACGAGUCAGCAGACGGCCGUGGCGCACGCACGCCCACCUCGGAUGAGGACAAUGGUGAUACAGUCAGCCUUACUGUCAUCGAAAUUCCCGAUCCAACUCUUGGCAAAGCUGUCUGCAUGCGCUCCAUCUUUGAUGACUCUUGCGGCAUCAACGCUGAGAUGAUCCAGGACGGCGUGGAAGCCUCCCCUGCUGGCUCCUCCGUCUUGAGAGAGAUGCAGCAGGCUGUUGCUGAUGUCGCCCCGGAUCUGGGGAUCAUGACCGGUCCGGAGGGCCGCGAGCGCCAACGUGAGCUAGAACAGAGAGAGAUUGUUCUAGAAAGAGUUGCACACGCCGCUGAAGAUGGUGGCUUUAUCAAAAGGCUUCUAUUUCCCGUACAAGGCGAGGGCAUCAACCUCGGCCGUGCUGGUCGGCUUGACCUCCCUCACAUGCUUGCUUCUAGCCGCACCUGGUACCACCUGUCCCUUCACCCUACAGAUGAUAGCCCCGCCAGCCUAGCUGCUCUACCAUCCAUCACAUCGGCCUGGUCUGCUGGUACCGUUUCUCGACAGCUGCGCUCAUGGCGUCUGCCUGAAUGGGCAAACCGUCGUAACCGACACCUUGAUUAUACUGCCGAUUUUGAUGUCGAGGAGUUCGUUACCCGCUACGCCCCACUCGGCUGCACUGAUGGCAGGGAUGGCAUCGAAAGCUGGAUGCUGGAACGCGGCUGGAGUAACGGCGAAAUCUUUGUCGGCAAGGAGCGUGUUUGGAUCCGUGAGUCUGCCUGGUGGGAUGCAGAGACCAUGCUCGACAUGAAGCAAGGAGGCAGCGUCCAAGGCUUGAACACCAAUCCUUUCAGCAGCGGUUUCGACACGUCUUACUCCAAUAACGGCAGCGGGUUUUUCCCACCCCAGCCCAUGGAUAACGCAUACAGUGCAAGCCGCGAUGACCUCAUGGGAGGACACUCUCGCAAUGUCAGCCAGGCCAAUGGCAGUCAGGCAGGCUUCCCUCAGCCCAUGACUGUUGCUCCAUCCAUCGCCCCUACUUCCAUGACCGGCAUGCGCAAUGUCAACAAAGGUGAUUAUGGACUUGGAAAUAAGGGUGAUACCUACAAGCCCGACGACUACGUUGAUGGUGGCGAUUACACUGGCGAACUCGACCCUGAGCUCGCCAAGAACAAGCACCUGGAAACAAAGCAUACGACUGCGGGUCGCCGUGCUUGGGUAGCCGUCGUCUGGGCUCUCACAUUUUGGAUUCCUUCUCCCCUGCUCCGAUACAUUGGCCGCAUGCGGCGACCCGACGUCCGCAUGGCCUGGCGCGAGAAGCUCGUUUUGGUGUUCAUCAUUUUCAUCAUGAAUGCCUUCAUCGUAUUUUGGAUCAUCUUCUUCGGUAAACUACUAUGCCCGAAUUUUAACAAAGCCUGGAACCAGAGUGAAGUGGCAAGCCACCAGGGCGGUGAUACUUUUUGGGUCGGUAUUCAUGGAAGAGUUUAUGACAUCUCCGAUUGGUGGAAGCAGCAGCACAGUGAUGUACCCAACAUCAAGACGACAACUGAUAUCAUGGCGCCACUCAAUGGCUUGAUCAUGGAUAACUACUUCGUUCCUCCUCUAAACGUUGCGUGUGGCGGACUUGGAAUUAAGGACACUACCCGACUCACACCCAACACCACAGUCGAGUACGAAACUGCUGUUCACACCUCUGGCUACUAUGCACGAUACCCCAACAGCGUUCUGCACACCGACACAUGGUACUAUGGAAAGUUUAAACCAAAGAUCGACACUUUCUAUCACGGUGACCUCGUCUGGAGCGCAAAGACUGUCAAGUCUGACGGCAAGGAUAACCAGCACAUGUGGGCCACGUACGGAGACGAAAUCUACGAUCUCACUGACUACUUUCACACCAUUGAUCUGAACACUGGCAAUGAUAUAUACCAGUUCAUGAAUAAGAAGAUCUCGGAUCUCUGGAAGAACAAUCCCGGUCAGAACGUCAAGCAAGACCUUGAUAAGGCGCUCGCCGACGCCAAGGCCAGUGGCGAUACCGACUCUUACGACAACAUGGUCAACUCGUGGAAUUGUAUCAAGAACUCUUUCUAUGUGGGAAAGACUGAUUUUAGAGAAAGCGCCCGAUGCACAGCCAACAACUGGAUCAUGUUGGCUUUCACGAUUCUCAUCUGUGCCAUUAUUCUCGUCAAAUUUGUGGCUGCUAUCCGCUUCUCCUCCAAACGCCGUCCAUCCCCUCAGGACAAGUUCGUCAUUUGUCAGGUCCCCGCUUACACUGAAGGCGAAGAAUCGCUGCGCAAGGCGCUUGACUCGCUCACUGCACUGCAAUACGACAACAAGCGCAAGCUCAUUUGUGUCGUUUGCGAUGGUGUCCUCACUGGCCAGGGCAACGACCGCCCGACGCCCAAGAUUAUUCUUGAUAUUCUCGGUGUUGAUCCCAAGGUCGACCCCCCCGCUCUACCCUUCAAAUCUGUCGGUGCUGGCAGUGAGCAGCUCAACUACGGCAAGGUCUAUUCUGGCCUUUACGAGUUCGAAGGCAAUGUUGUUCCUUAUAUUGUUGUCGUCAAGGUUGGCAAGGAGAACGAGCAAGCAGGCGCUAAGCCUGGUAACCGUGGUAAACGUGAUUCACAGAUUCUGCUGAUGAGCUUCCUCAACCGCGUCCAUCAUCGAUCUCCUAUGAAUCCUCUCGAGCUGGAAAUGUUUCACCAAAUCAACAACAUCAUUGGUGUGGACCCUGAGCUGUAUGAAUACCUCCUCAUGGUCGAUGCCGACACGGCCGUCGCAGAAGACUCUCUCAACCGUUUAGUCUCUGCAUGUGCGCAUAAUGCCAAGAUUGCCGGUAUUUGUGGUGAAACCAGCCUGCAAAACGAUGAAAAGUCAUGGUGGACCAUGAUUCAGGUCUACGAAUAUUUCAUCUCCCACCACCUCGCCAAGGCCUUUGAGUCGCUUUUUGGAAGUGUUACCUGUUUGCCCGGAUGUUUCUCCAUGUACCGAUUGAGAACCGUUGACAAGGGCAAGCCUCUGAUCAUCUCGGAUGCCGUCAUCAAAGAGUAUAGCAUUUGCAAUGUCGACACCUUACAUCAGAAGAACCUGCUGUCUCUUGGUGAAGAUCGAUUCCUGACCACUCUCAUGACGAAGCACUUCCCAUCAAUGCACUACAAGUUUGUCCAGGAUGCCCAAUGUAAGACUGCGGCUCCAGAAUCUUUUGGUGUCUUGAUUUCUCAGCGUCGUCGCUGGAUCAACUCUACCAUUCACAAUUUGGUCGAGCUUCUACGUCUUGGAGACAUGUGUGGCUUCUGCUGCUUCUCCAUGCGUUUUGUUGUCUUCAUCGAUCUCUUCAGUACCAUCAUUCUGCCAGCUACCUGCGUAUACCUGGGUUAUCUCAUUUACCUGCUGGCAAGUAAGACUGGCCCGUUCCCUGUCAUUUCGAUUGCUAUGUUGGCAGCCGUCUACGGUCUCCAGGCUUUGGUCUUUAUUCUCAAGCGUCAGUGGCAGCACAUUGGAUGGAUGAUUAUUUACAUCAUCGCCUUCCCCAUUUACUCCUUCAUUCUCCCCAUCUACUCGUUCUGGAACCAGGACAACUUUAGUUGGGGUAAUACUCGCAUUGUCAUUGGUGAGAAGGGUAACAAGCAAGUUAUUGCUGUGGAGGAUGAUGUUUUUGACCCGCGAUCCAUUACCAUGCAGCGAUGGGAUGACUAUGCCUAUGCCAACAACCUACCUGGUCGUCGUGGCGGCUAUCAGGAGAAGGACGACUCGCCCUACAUGGACCAGUAUGAGAUGGACGAGAUGAAAUCUGUCUACUCUGCCGCUCCCCAAGGAACCGUUCUCUCUGGCAUGCCCGGCAAUAACCCUUACAUGACGCCACAGUCUCCUGCUCACUUUGGCCGCAGCUCCACUAUGCUCCAUCAGCAGGAUCCCAUGAUGAUGCAAUCGGGGAGACAAUCCUCCAUGGCAGAUUUCCAGGAUCGCCAAUCACCCUAUCAAGACUUUCCUCAAGCUCGUCCUAGCAUGAUGAACACGCGCAGCCAGUCCAACCUAUCUCCGUACGGCGGCAACCGAGCGUCGUCUGCCAUUGGCUUCGCAGGCGGCCAUAACCCUGCCAUGGCCAGCAGUGCCUCUCUGGCCAACACCAAUAUCGACUUUAGGCAAAACAGCGGCGCGACCUCGGACGGUUCCAUCAUUGAGUCGAUUCAGGCCGUCCUGCGCGAGGUUGACCUGGACACCAUUACUAAGAAGCAGGUGCGCGCUCUCGUGGAGCAGCGUCUGCAAACUGAGCUGGUUGGUGAGCGUCGGACAUUCCUCGACCGACAGAUUGAUCGUGAACUGGAGAAUAUGUAA